GACGAAUCUAAGCAUGAUAAACAUAGAAAUGGGCAGAGUACCUCAUAAGACGAAGUGGCUACUCCAGCACGGCCUGAUGAUAAGACGAUUACUUAAUCUGGUAGAGGGAAACGGUACGCAACCACAGUUAUUGGAGGUAAAUGCCUGGUCUAGCCAAUGUCUUCAAGGAAAUCCGAACCGAUAGUAAUUACAGCACUUGUAUUAAUUCCUAUCCAAGUGUAACUUUCAACUCACGAUAAUUGCGUUAAAAUAAAGCGAAUGGUUAGCUGGUGCUUUCCGUCUCAUCUAUUCCGAAGGCUAAGUCUACAUAGAUUAGGCCGUCAGUCGCAUUCACCAGUAAUUUUCAACAGAAAGGUGCAAGUCAAGACAGACAUACGGGAUCACACUUUGUGGUUAAGGUGACUGGAACCUUGGAUUAUGCCACCACCAAACAUCCAAGGACUAAAUACCCUCUAGACUUGGCCUUGCCAGCAUUAUCAGCUGUUGCGGGCCAUUGUCUACUAUUUUGUUCCUGUAGGAUUCAAGGGGUGGCUGAUGUUUAUGCGACACCUGGCAGAACAUGAAACA